AUGGGGGAUGUAAAAGCUUUAAAGAGGGAAAACAAUGAACUUAAAAAACGAAUUAGCCAGCUUUCUAAAGAUUUCAAGUCCCUGCAGCUGAUGCAAGACAAGAUAGCUGAAAAGUGCAAGGUUUAUUUGAGUAGCAAGAUACCAAAUGAGAAUGAUGUUCAAUUUCUUAGUAAUGGCUACGAUGA